AAGCGAUCGCACGCUGGCCAUACGCUUCAGUUCAAAACUCGACUGUCAAGCAAGCGCACUUGUCGCCACUGCACUGCAAAGCACAACGAGAAAAAUUCGAGGGAUAAUAUUAUAUUGUUGAAAAAUCGCCGACGACAUAUUCUAUAAGCGAUUAGCGGGAAAUAUUCCACAUUAUUUAAUAUAUAAUUGAAUAUUACGCGCCAGUGUUUUAUUUACCUUUGUCAUUAAAUCGACAAUUAUAGCGAUUAAUUAACAAUACAACUUCACUUAAUAACUGUUGUUGUGUUUUAAAUUUUGCUAUAAUUCGCCGUCACUCGCGUGUAUUGUCAUCUGUUCGCUGUUACUUAUUAAUUGCUACUUGUGGAGUAAAUCAAAAUAACUCGUCAAAAUAAAUAAAGACAAUAGUUAGUACGACUAGCAGAAACGUUGAUAAAUUUCGCACCGCUAAAUCCGAAAAAAACGUAUCGUAUUUGUUUACGGUGAUAGAAAAGCGGUUACGCUCGCGUAAAGCAUUCAGUUCGCACUUCGGCGUCGUCGGUGGCAACAUCAUUAUCACUUUUACUCGUUUUGAUUUCCUUACUUGACAACUCAUUCAUUGCCCGGCUGCAUAUCUUCAAUUAUCAGCGAAAAAACACACGAUCUCAAGUGAAAUCUCUUCUUAAGUGCUUAGCUCGGGUGAUACUGUAGUGAUAUUUAGUUGCAUGGCGUCGGUAGAUCUGCAGUCUCCUCCACAAGAAGACAAUACAACACAAGUGCAAAUCUCAUACGAGCAGCGCGAAAAGAAAGUUUUCCAAGAAAAUACCGAAAUGACAUUCUCAGCGGACCGCAUUUCUGAGGACAUUCCGAAAAUUAUUGGUGUCAGUGACAUCACAGAGAACAAGAAGAUAUGGCGCGCUCUAAUUGGCGAAUUCUUGGGCACCUUCUUCUUGGUCGCCAUCGGUGUAGGCAGUUGUACCGGCGGUGAUACGUACACAGCAUCGGUGCCACAAAUUGCAUUCUGCUUCGGUUUGGUGGUGGCCACUAUGGCGCUGGGUCUGGGUCAUAUCAGCGGUUGUCACAUUAAUCCAGCCGUAACUGUCGGCUUUCUCGUUGUUGGUGAGAUGAGCAUUCUGAAGAGUGUGCUCUACAUCAUUGUGCAGCUAAUUGGCGCCAUAGCCGGAGCAGCGGUGAUAACUGCUGCGGUAACCGAGGAAGUAGCCGGUGCCAAUCUGGGUGUUUCCUUAUAUGCCAGCACACUCGAUGCUGGACGCGUAGUACUCAUUGAGGCUUUGAUCACCUUUUUGCUUGUGUUCGUGGUCAAAGCUGUGUGCGAUCCCGGACGCACAGACAUCAAGGGCUCGGCGCCAUUAGCUAUUGGUCUCUCCAUCACGGCUGGACACUUGUGUGCUGUCAAAUUGACUGGCUCCAGCAUGAAUCCGGCACGUUCCUUUGGUCCAGCUGUCAUUCAAAAUGUAUGGACGGAUCAUUGGGCUUACUGGGUGGGACCGCUUGCCGGUGCCGUUGUGGCCGCCAUCAUUUACCGAUUUGUCUUUAAGGUGCGCAAGGGCGAUGAUGAAGAUCAUUCGUAUGAUUUCUAAACCAUGCCGCAUAAAUAUGUAGCUGUAAAAUGAGUACAGCAAUAAAAAGCAGCUAUGUGAGGCACACAACCACAGCAAUACAUACAUACAUACAAGCAUAUGCAUGUGCCUCGAAAUGCAUGUGCUUGCAAAUGACAACGGACAUUUUUGAUUUUUGUUUUUGUUUAAUUUUGCUUAUUUUAAUAUUUAUCAGCGGAAUGAGCUAUAUACAUUACAUACAUACUUGCAUAUAAGUAUGUAUGCACGCACUUGUAUUGAAAAUGAAUAUGAAAAUGUUACGUAUACGCCACGCCACCAUUUGUAUUAUGCAUAAUAUUAUUUGUAAUUUUAAUUUAGUGAAAUAAGCACCAUAUAUAUAUAUGUAUAUGUUUAAAUAUCGACACUUGCAACUCAUAUGCCAAAAGUACAAUCAUUCAUACCGGAAAUUGACCGCUUACCACGCAGCAGCGCACUGCACUCAUUCGCUCACACGCACCCAUUCCGAAAUCCACACAUUCCCGCCGCCCAAAGUUGCCUUAGUGAGCAAGUAUUUGGUUGCUUACACGAAGAAAUUAUAAUUAAUGUAAAUUUUUAAACAGAAAAAUUGCACAUUUUUGCAAAAAAAAAAA